AUGGACGCUUUCCGACUCUACACUCUUGGCACCUCCGCCUACCUCGCCGCACAAUCACUCCCACUGCUCCUCACACCAAAACUGAUUGUGUCUCUCCUGGCAACAGAAGUGCGGGGCAUAACAGAUCUAGAGACCUACCUCUGCAGAACCCUCGCCCUGGUCCUCCUCACACUGUCAGCAUCGAUUGUUCUUCUAUCCGGACACAUUCCUCUAGGCAACCAGGCCACUGCACCCAUUACAAAAGCACAAGAGGAGGAUGGAGCGGCAAAUCCAUACGCUUCUCCAAUACUAGUCAUCACUACAGCCUACCAUACUCUCACGGCGUUCUACCUCUACACGCAAAUUACUUGGGGCUUCUCUUUUGGCUUUGGAUCAGGGCUGGUGCUGUCUGCGUUGUUGGCAUGUUUUGGCGGUUGGGUUUCAAUGUUCGGUAUGGACAAGGGAAGGAUCAGUAAGAGCACGGGCGCAGACAAGCGAACGAGCGGGAUUCUAUUUCCCUCUGAGAGCGCGAGCGGGAAGAAGAAGGAGAAGGAGAAGGAGGGCAAGCGUAAGAGUUUGUCGUCCAAGUUCAGAUAG